ACCGAGAACCACAUGAGAAGGAAGUCGGGAGUUUUUCUCACAUGGCGGAUGUUUGUAUUAUUUUUGAUGGAGUGCUCGGAUGAAAGAGCCAAAACUUUAAUGUCAAAAGAUCCCUAAAAUAUUGUACUUUAUUUUAUCUGGUGAUGUGGUCCAGAGAAAUAGAAGAAGAAGAAGUUUGCAGUGGAAAGCUCGAUGGCGUCAUGGCAACAAGAGCCAGAAAGAAGCAGAGAAAGGGCAGCGAUACGGCGGUGCAGGGAACCAACGACAGCAGCGUGGUGAGCAAGGCUUCAGCCGCCGCGCAGGGAUACUUCAGGGACCCUUUCAUCCAACACUUUGUGUGUAAAGUACCUCGAAGAGCCCCGCUUAUCAACAGGGGCUACUUUGUGCGCUGGAGAGCUGUGGACCACUGUGUGAGGCAUUUCCUUCACAUCACUGCGAAAUGUCCGAAGAGACAGAUUCUGUCGCUGGGCGCCGGCUUCGACUCUCUGUAUUUUCGCCUCCGUGCAGACGGAGCUCUGGACGGAACCGUCGUGUUCGAGGUGGAUUUUCCUGACGUGGCGCGGCGCAAAGCCGCUCUGGUCACUUCUAACGCGACACUGAGAGGGUUGUUGGACCCCUGCCUGCCUCCGAGUCCUCACGCAGGGCCCAUUUACCUGUGCAGCAGCCAGUACCGCCUGUUAGGGGUGGAUGUUAGGGAGGAAUCCCUGACGGAGGAGGCUCUGAGUGCAGCUGGUCUGGACUGGGCCGCUCCCACCCUGAUCCUCUCUGAAGUGGUGCUCACCUACAUGGAAACCCAGCGGUCAGACGCCGUGAUCAGCUGGGCAGCAAAGCGCCUACCGCGGUCCCUGUUCGUGAUGUACGAGCAGAUCCGUCCCGACGAUCCCUUCGGCCGCGUCAUGCAGGACCAUUUCCUGAAGCUCAAUUCAACUCUGCGCGCCCUGCACCAGUACCCAGAUCUGCCGGCACAGAGGCAAAGGUUCCUGGACAAGGGCUGGGAGCGGUGUGUGUGUGUGGAUAUGAAUGCGUUCUAUUUGGGGCUAGUCCCCCAGGAGGAGCGGGAUAGAAUCGAAACCCUGGAGCCGUUCGACGAGCACGAGGAAUGGCACCAGAAGUGCUCCCACUACUUCAUCCUGACCGCAUCUCGAGGCGCUCUGAUGGAGCAGGCUCUGCUCAGUCAGACCUCAGUACCGUCCGUCAGUCCGAGCUGGAGCUCCACAGAGCUGAAGGCGAGGGCGGUGCCGGUAUGUCUGGAAGGCUUGGGGUUGGCCUCUACCUGGAUGAGGUUAGAGGGGCUGCUGCUGACUGGAGGGUCCAGCAGAGGAGGCAGGGUGACGCAGUCCAGAUCCCUGAUCAGGGAUCAGGAUGGCUGGAGGUCCACCACCAUCGAAGCGUCAGCAGAUCUGGGCGUGCGGCUCUAUCACACGGUUACCCCCCUCCCCGGAGGAGGAGGAGCGGUGGUGUACGGCGGCCGCUCCUCGCCGCUCCGACCCAACUCCGACCUGUUUAAACUGACCUUUGACUCGUCCACUGCCAAGGCUCCACAUCCAGACGCAGAGAAGGUUCAGGUGGAGCGGAUGGACUGUACGGGGAAUCCUCCCCCACCAAGAUUUAGACACACUGCCACCGUGGUCCGGCACGGAGGCAGACACUUCCUGUUUGUGUUUGGUGGGAAGAACCAAUCAGCUUGUGCUCUGGGUGACAGCAGCUUCCUGAGUCUGGACCAGCAGCUCUGGACUGAGUUCCCAGUAGGGGGCGAUGUGCCGGCGGCUCGUCAUUCUCACUCAGCUUGUUCGUAUCUCGGAUCCGUUGUUGUGUUUGGAGGUCUGAGCCGAGAGGGUGAGCCUCUGGGAGAUCUGAGCCUCCUGACGCCGACAGAACGAGGCUUCGAUUGGAUCAGAGCAGCUGUUCGUCCACCUCCUGUUCCCAGGUAUUCUCACUGCGCCCACGUGCUCGGGGAUCAGCUGAUUGUGGUCGGCGGAGUCUGGAUGCAUUCAGACGGCGCUCCUGGCGUCGUCGUCGUCAGCCUCAGCACGUACAGCAGCGUGGAGUUCAGACUGGACACGAGCUCCGUGCCCUGGCCUCUGAUGCUCCACUCCUUCUGCUCUGAGCUGACGGACUCAGGAGAACCGGCUCUGCUCCUGAUCGGAGGAGGCGGGAACUGUUUCUCCUUCGGGACGCAUCUGAACCCCCAGCCCGUCUCUGUGCGUCUGCAGCCUGUCUAUGACUACCUGCAGCCUCCCGGGCUUUAAAUCCGGAUACGUUUAUCUGGGACAAAACAAGAUCUGUUUUUGGAAUUAUGAUGUAUUUAUAGCAAUAUAAGGUAUUUUCAAUAAGGUCAGAUAAAUAAACCACACAUUCAAAUUCACAUGUCGUCAGAUUUUAUGGGUGUUUCAGCUGAGCUCAGAGCUGAGACCCUGAGUGAUGCAGGAAACUAACAACUUUUACCCUCAUUUUGGUUCUUCAACAUCUAUAAAAAUCAGUUCAAAUGUUCUGUUGUACAGAUAAAACCGAGGAAAACUGGCCUACCAACAGAAAAUAAACUGCUGUGUUUGGUCAGAUCAAGUGUAGUAGCUGCGUUUCCAUUUAAAAUGUGCGCGAAAGUUUGUCAAUAUUCCGCUAAUGUCUAAAAAGCACAAUUUUCCAAUUGCAGUGCUUCCGUCAAAUAAGAAACGCAAUUAAAAUCACACGUGAAUAAGUUUAAUGUGAUGGGUCAUUAAAAAUGUGCGGCGCCAGUCUGCCAUCAUACCACAUCUGGUUGUUGAUCAUGUAACUCGUGUGAUGCAGAAAAAAAACGUGUUUCCAUUAGUUUUGCGAAAUAAACCCAUUUCAGUACAGCUAAAAAACCCUCACCUCCUGAAACGCGAUUCUUUUUUUCAAAAUGUACUUCCUUUAAGAUAAUUUAUGUCCAUAAUGUCAAAUUACGCAAUUAUAUGGUCAAUGGAAACUCAGCUAGUGUCAGUAUUUUGCUGCUGCUACUUGGCCUGGUUGAAAAACUCUUCAUAGCACUUGAACCGUUUUACAUUAUGGCAGCAUUACAGCCAUGAACCUCCAUGGAUUUCAUUGGUAUAGUAAAGGGGUGAUGACUGAGAAGUGGAAGAUAAAGGAUUUAAGUAUUUUUACAAAUAAAACUCUUUCAAACGGACUCGGGUUCAGAGUGUUCAUUACUUCAACUUCCUUCAUUGAACAUUUUAAAAUACAGUAAAUGUAUUACCUUUGAAGUAGCCAGUAAUGACCGACAGACAUUCACCACAGCUCACAGAAAACAGUUUUAUUAUUAAGGAAGAGACCUGACCAGUCUGCUGUGUUAUUCGUUCAUUUGGAGGCAUCAGGGUAAAGGGGUUUGAAUACUUUUUUUUUUUAAUUGACAUUUGUCAAAAUUUGCAUGCAAACACAGGAUUACCUUUUAGUUUUUAUAUCUGAAAGCACCAAGUUUGAAAAACAUGGAAGCAUUUUAUUAAAAGAAAUCGGUGAGAGAAAAAAAACAAACCAUCACACAAAAGGUUCAAACAGAUUUUAGUUUUAUUUGUACAGCUGCUAUAAAAGAAAGGUUGCUGACAAACAGCCCUCAGCAUGUCAUACUGCAUCAGGAACUGGUAUGAAAAUCAUCAGACACAUGACGAUGGAGAUUGUCAGGCCUGCCUACGCUCUUCUUCUUCUUGUACAAUAAUAAUAAUAACAAUAAUAAUAAUACUGGUGGCCAGACUCGGUCUCACAGGCAGAAACACACUGUGCUUGUUCACCAUCUGUGUGCUUAUCAGUUCAUAAUCGUUUGAACCCAAACAUCAACCAUCUGUUACGGGAAGUGUUUUCGUACAAAGCUGUGACUAGUCGUUUUCAUAUCAGUACCUAAAGCCAACUUACACACACACACACACAACUUUAAAGGAAAACCUGAAGGUACUCCUUUGUUUAUUAUUAUGACCUGUAAGUUCAGGGGUUUUGAUUUGGAGUAACAGCAGAGGAGACGGUUCAACAUGUCCGAUUAAUUUGGUCUCAUCAUCAGAAAUGUUGGCAGUAAAUCUAAACAAAAGGAAAAUCUCCAGACAGGAAGGUGGGAAAGAAAAACAAACACUUUCUCAUCUAUGUCUCCACAUAUUAAAGGAUAAGUUCACACAAUAGCAUAACUUGAUUUUCUAAUGGCAACUCGAUCUCUUCUCAAGGCAUUUCCAAUAUUCUCUUUACUGAUUGAAACCGGCAGAUUAUUUUUAAAAUCACGAAGUUUUCCCGACGUCUGACUUCAUUUCACGGAGAAGAAUCAACAAAAAGCCAAAGCAGUAAACCCAAGGCGAGAGAAUCUUCAAGUAUUCAAGUGAAUUUUAUUAACAUACAAGUUAUUUGGAGUUUUUCGUGAACUUAUCCUUUAAAAGAAAAAAAAAA